AUGGCGCUGCUCCCGCGCACGGCCCGGCUGGCCCUCCUCUCCGCGUCGCCGCGGACCUACUCCGCCGCCGCCGCGGCGGGCGCCUCGCCCACCCCACCGGCGCCGUACGCGGGCGUGCCUCCGCCGGCGGCGGGGUCCAAGGCGGCCGAGUUCGUCGUCUCCAAGGUGGACGACCUCAUGAACUGGGCGCGCCGGGGCUCGAUCUGGCCCAUGACCUUCGGGCUGGCCUGCUGCGCCGUCGAGAUGAUGCACGCCGGCGCGGCCCGCUACGACUUCGACCGAUUCGGCGUCAUCUUCCGCCCGUCCCCGCGCCAGUCCGACUGCAUGAUUGUCGCCGGCACGCUCACCAACAAGAUGGCGCCCGCCCUCCGCAAGGUUUAUGACCAGAUGCCCGAGCCUCGAUGGGUCAUAUCGAUGGGCAGCUGUGCCAACGGUGGUGGAUACUACCACUACUCCUACUCUGUUGUGCGUGGAUGCGACCGCAUUGUUCCGGUGGAUAUCUACGUCCCUGGAUGCCCCCCAACCGCUGAGGCCCUACUAUACGGUGUUCUCCAGCUCCAGAAGAAGAUCAACAGGCGCAAGGAUUUCCUUCACUGGUGGACCAAGUGA